AAAAGAGAGUAUCAUGAAUAAAAUAAUAAUAUUAGAUGAAUGAGUGAGCUUUACUUUUUCUUUACAGCUAAUCCCAUCCAAUCCGCAAUCCGCAAACAGAAGAACCGGCCGUUACAAAUAAUUAAAGCGCCAUUGAUAUUAUUCUCUUAGGUCCAAUUCUUCCAUACUUCAAUAUUCAAUCGAAAUCAUUUUUUGUUUGAUAAGAAAAAAGAAAAAAAGAAAAAAAGAAAAAAAUGAAUCGGCCCAAGGAGACGGCGGAGAACGGCGGUGGUGGUGGAUUGGGCAAGUGUGAGAAGCUGGACCAGGUGGCGAUGUGGGUUGGAACGAGCCUAGCGACGGCCUUCUUUGCUUCUCUGGAGAGGUGCAACUGCAUCAACCUCUCCACUUAUGAUGAAGAAGAUGAUGAUGACGAAGAGGCCUACCAUCGCCCUCUUAUGCUCACGCAACAUCCUUCUUUCACCGCUGAUUCCGAUCCCGAUCCACUACCGGAACACCACCACCACCACCACCGCCCCUGAUGAUGAUAAGUGUCAACCUCCCUACAUACAUGAUAUACCAAAGUAUAACUUUUGUGAUGCACAAUACAUUAUCUUGGAAAUAUUUUGUAUGUACCUACCACUAGCAUUUGUUUUUGAGGGUUUUCUUUCAAGGUGAUUAGUGCCAGUUUGAAUUUGGGUGACUUUUUUUUUGUUUUUUUCCCGCACAUAUGCAUUAGUUCUAAAAUGCAGAUCAACUGGUAUACUAUGUAUGUAUUUAUGAAUCGGUGUGGCUUGGACAAUCAAUGACUUGAGUGGAAAAAACAACAAAAUGAAUGACAUUUUGAUAUUCCACUUAUGAAUGUUGUAAUAACUAAUCAAACUGUUUGAGACAAUUACUGUGAUUAAUUAUAAAAAAAAAUAGACUAAGGAUUCA